AUGACCACUUACUCGACCGACCCGGCCCUUUACAUCUUCACCUCGCUCACUGCCGGCUCCUCCCACAUCGUCACCGCCACCUCGCGCCUCGAGACCAUCCUGCGCGCCAACCGCGUCCCCUUCAAAGCCGUCGACAUUGCCACCGAUGCAAAGGCCCGCAUGCUGUGGGGUCGUCGCGCCGGCAAGGAUGAGGCCGGCCGCGUGAGGAAGCUCCCCGGCCUGGUCCAGGAGGCCAUUGUCCUCGGCGACCUGGUCGAAAUCGAAGACUGGAACGAGUACGGCGAGCUCAAGCAGCACGUCAAAAUCUACUACGACGAACACACAAUCCCCUCCAUCCACGACAAGCCUCCCGAACCGCCCAAGCCCAAGCAGAAAACGGCAGCCAAGCCAAAGGCCGCGCCCGCCGCGCCCGCCGCGCCACCCGCUUCCACACCAAAAGCCUCCUCCGCACAGUCGGCCUCCAGCAAGUCCAAGCCCGCCGAGCAGGACCUCAAGUCGGACCCCGCAAAGGCCUCCGUCCUCACCGUGCGGUCCGUCGCCGACGAGGCCGCCCAAAAGGCCAAGGAACUUCGCCUCCGAACCCUCCGCGAAAAGGUCCACGCAAAGAAGGCCACUCCUGCCGCCUCCGCUGCCUCCGAGAAAUCCGACACCAAGGCAGCCUCCCCCGGCGCCACCGCUGCGCCCACAUCCGACCUACAGUCCCCCACCAGCGGCGCUUGGAAGGGCUUGGCCCCAGCCGCCGACGCCGACGCCGCCACCGCUCCCGAGCCCGUCCAGAGCCCCACGAGCGGACGGUGGUGUCCCCGGCCCGGGCAUCUGACCGCUCCAGCGUCGCAGGCCGCCGAGGCGACGGAGGCCAAGCUUGAAAAGGAGGAGCCCCCCGAGACGGCCAUCAAGGAGGAUCCGAAGCGGGAGGGGGAAGGGGAGCAGAAGGCGGGUAAGAAGGAGGAGGAGUACAAGGCGGAGGGAGGGAACGAGCAGAAGAAGGAGGAGUGCAAGGGAAGGGAGAAGGAGAAGGAGAAGAAGAACGAGAAAGAUAAGGACGAGCACAAGGUGGAGGAGCAGAAGCAAAAGACGGCCAAAAAGGAAGACUCCGUCAGCGCAGGGGACGCACAGCACUCCCAAGACAAGUAA